CUCUAUAUUUUAUCCCCUUUUUCUCACCCUUUUCUUCCUUCUACGCCAACUGUUCCACAUCCCCUUUGGCUUUUUUUUUUUUUAACUAUUUAUUCAAGAUUCCUUAAUGGGAUUUUUCAAUCCUUCCUCCUUCUAAAUUGGAAAAUUCCUAGCACGAUAUUCAUCAUGGAGAAAAUAACAUCUUUAUCUUCUGAUCAAGACACCAUUUUCGCCGCCACAGCCACCUCAUGUGCCACCAUCUACGACCAAAACUAUGUAUCACCACCGCCAUUUCAAACCAACCACCAACAGUGCCAUCAAGAUAUAGCAGCCGACUUCUCUUCAAUGUACAACUUCAUAUUCCCACCUCAUUCCCUUCCCCUCUCGCCUUCCUCUUGCUCUUCCUCUUCAUCCAAUGACUCCCACCUUAAUCUCAACCUCACAUCCGACGCCAUAGCCACCAAACACCGCCUCAAGCAGGCUCGUCUCGUCCUCGAGUACGACCAACUUUGCGACCACUAUAACAUUUGCUUUGCUCGUCUCCAAGCUCUCAAUAGAGACAUUGAGACGCUACGUAGAGAAAAUAGCGAUCUUCUCGUGGCCAACAAUGAGUUGAUGAAGCUCUUGAAUCUCUCGUCCAUGGCUGUCAUGAAUAACCGGAACCUGCAACGCAAAGAACUGCCGAAGAGCGUUUCGGUGAGGUCUAGUAAUUAUCUUAAGCUCAACCACCAACAAAGUCCGAGAAACCAGCAGCGAGUCGUUAAUCCGUUUCUUGGGGUGCAAGUGUCAUCAGAGUGGAGGAGAGAAAAGGCGAUUGAAUUGAAUGUAUACAAUCAAGGAAUGGCUAAGACAGAACUGUGUGAUAAAUGGGACGAGAUAGGGUCCUGUCCUUACGGUGAGCAUUGCCAAUUUGCCCAUGGCAUCACCGAGUUACGCCCUGUUAUUAGGCAUCCAAGGUACAAGACCCAGGCUUGCCGAAUGGUCCUCGCUGGUCAGAUCUGUCCCUACGGUCACAGGUGCCACUUCCGUCACUCUCUUACCGAAUAACAACCACCACUAAAUUCCGGCUUAAUACCAAUUAUUUGGCUUAAACAGAGAAAUGUGAAUAAAUUGAUUCUAAUAAUAUCAGAAAUAUCUGCGGGAAACUCAUUCUGUUCAAGGUCAUAAUUAUGAGAAUAAUUUUUCCUCGUAAAAGAGAUUUACUUAUUGAAUUUAUGUGAUUUAUUUUUUAAAUUUGAAGGAAGAAUUUAUGUGAUUUAA